AUGAAUCUUAUUGUGAGGUUUCGGAGAAGCUUUCGAACACUUAUUGUUCUUUUAGCUACCUUUUGCUUGGUGAGCAUCGUCAUUUCUGCCUACUUCCUGUACUCUGGCUACAAACAGGAAAUGACACUCAUUGAAACCACAGCCGAAGCAGAAUGUGCUGACAUCAAAAUCCUCCCUUAUCGGUCCAUAGAGCUGAAAACCGCCAAGCCUAUUGACACAUCCAAAACCGACCCCACGGUCCUCCUCUUUGUAGAGAGCCAGUAUUCUCAGCUCGGUCAAGAUAUUAUAGCAAUCUUGGAGUCCAGCCGUUUUCAGUACCAGAUGGUCAUUGCUCCAGGCAAGGGAGACAUACCACCUCUUACCGAUAGUGGCAAAGGGAAAUACACGUUGAUUAUUUAUGAAAAUAUUUUGAAAUAUGUCAGCAUGGACUCAUGGAACCGGGAGCUUUUAGAAAAAUACUGUAUCGAAUACAGUGUUAGCAUAAUUGGUUUUCAUAAAGCCAACGAGAACAGCUUACCAACGACACAACUGAAAGGUUUUCCUUUGAACUUAUUCAAUAAUCUAGCUCUGAAGGACUGCUCUGUGAACCCGCAGUCUCCUCUGCUGCACAUUACCAAAGGCCCAAAGGUUGAAAGGGGACCUCUUCCUGGGGAAGACUGGACGAUUUUCCAAUAUAACCAUUCUACCUACCAGCCAGUGCUUUUAACGGAGUUACAGACAGAGAAACCCCUCCCUUUCUUGUCCAGCAAAACACUCUAUGCCACAAUAAUUCAGGAUCUGGGGCUUCAUGAUGGAAUCCAGCGCGUUCUUUUUGGCAACAACUUGAACUUUUGGCUACACAAGCUCAUCUUCAUAGAUGCCAUCUCCUUCUUGUCAGGAAAAAGGCUGAGUUUGUCCUUGGAUAGGUACAUCCUUGUGGACAUUGAUGACAUAUUUGUGGGGAAGGAGGGAACAAGGAUGAAUGUCAAAGAUGUGAAGGCAUUACUAGAGACUCAAAAUUUACUGCGCACUCAGGUUGCAAAUUUUACCUUCAACCUUGGAUUUUCAGGGAAGUUUUACCACACAGGGACCGAAGAGGAAGAUGAAGGGGAUGACCUUCUGCUGGGGUCUGUGGAUGAGUUCUGGUGGUUUCCUCACAUGUGGAGUCACAUGCAGCCCCACCUCUUCCACAACGAGUCCUCGUUAGUGGAGCAGAUGAUUCUCAACAAAGAAUUUGCCCUGGAACAUGGAAUACCGACCAACCUGGGCUACGCAGUGGCCCCGCAUCACUCAGGCGUCUACCCGGUCCAUAUUCAGCUGUAUGCAGCAUGGAAGAAGGUCUGGGGUAUUCAGGUCACCAGCACUGAAGAGUAUCCACAUCUGAAACCUGCAAGAUACAGGAAGGGCUUCAUUCACAAUAGCAUCAUGGUCCUCCCUCGACAGACCUGUGGGCUGUUCACACAUACUAUUUUCUACAAGGAGUAUCCAGGAGGACCCCAAGAACUGGAUAAAAGCAUCAAGGGAGGUGAACUUUUCCUCACAAUCCUGCUAAACCCAAUCAGCAUCUUCAUGACACAUCUGUCUAACUAUGGGAACGACCGUCUAGGCUUAUACACCUUUGUGAACUUGGCCAACUUUGUGCACAGCUGGACCAACUUGAAACUGCAGACUUUGCCUCCAGUACAACUGGCCCACAAGUACUUUGAGCUCUUCCCAGAGCAGAAAGACCCUCUCUGGCAGAAUCCAUGCGAUGAUAAACGACACAAAGACAUCUGGUCGAGGGAGAAAACUUGUGAUCAUUUACCAAAAUUCCUUGUAAUUGGGCCUCAGAAAACAGGAACAACUGCACUUUAUUUAUUUCUUCUUAUGCACCCUUCCAUCAUCAGCAAUCUCCCUAGCCCAAAAACCUUUGAAGAAGUUCAGUUUUUUAAUGGCAACAACUAUCACAAGGGGAUUGAGUGGUAUAUGGACUUUUUUCCUACACCUUCCAAUAUAACCAGUGAUUUUCUGUUUGAAAAGAGUGCUAACUACUUCCACUCAGAAGAGGCUCCCAAGAGAGCUGCAUCUCUUGUUCCCAAAGCCAAGAUCAUUACUAUCCUCAUUGACCCCUCGGACAGGGCAUAUUCUUGGUACCAGCACCAACGAUCCCAUGAAGAUCCAGCUGCCCUGAGGUUCAAUUUCUAUGAAGUCAUCACAACAGGACCGUGGGCCCCAAAUGAUUUAAAAACGUUGCAGAGGAGGUGUCUGGUACCUGGGUGGUAUGCAGUGCACAUCGAAAGAUGGCUGACCUACUUUGCGACUUCCCAGUUGCUAAUUAUUGAUGGACAACAGCUGAGAUCUGACCCAGCUACAGUGAUGGAUGAAGUCCAGAAGUUUCUAGGAGUCACACCUCAUUAUAAUUACUCCGAAGCACUAACGUUUGAUCCCCAAAAGGGCUUUUGGUGUCAGCUCCUGGAAGGAGGAAAGACCAAAUGCCUUGGGAAGAGUAAAGGAAGAAAAUACCCACCCAUGGAUCCAGAGGCCAGAACCUUCCUCUCCAAUUACUACCGGGACCACAACGUGGAGCUCUCGAAACUGCUGCACAGGCUGGGGCAGCCCCUGCCCUCUUGGCUCAGACAGGAGCUGCAGAAAGUGAGAUAA